AUAUCUUUGAAAGCUUCAUGGAAUCAACUUUAUUGAUGGGGUAGGAAGCUUGUCCUUGUCUCCAAAUGGAAUUGAAGUGCUAUUCCUCCUUGUUUUGCAUCUUCAAACCUCCAAGCUCUCUUUUGUUGAAGAGAAAUGGAAGACAACAAUGAUAUCCAGAUCCCAAGACUGAAACUGGGUUCACAAGGGCUUGAGGUUUCCAGAUUAGGCUUUGGAUGUGCAGGACUUUCUGGAAUAUACAAUGAUCCUCUCUCGCACGAGGCUGGGUGUUCAAUUAUAAAGGAAGCUUUUAGUAAGGGUGUCACCUUCUUCGAUACCUCUGACCUCUAUGGACAAAAUUAUGACAACGAGAUCAUGGUUGGCAAGGCCCUGAAACAAUUUCCACGAGAAAAGGUUCAGUUAGCUACAAAAUUUGGGAUUAUCAAAUUAGAGGGUGGUCAAUUUGAUGUCAAGGGUACUCCUGAAUAUGUACGGCAGUGCUGCAAAGCUAGUCUUAAACGACUUGACCUGGACUAUAUUGAUCUGUACUAUCAGCACCGUGUGGAUGUUUCAGUGCCUAUAGAGGACACUAUGGGAGAGCUCAAGAAACUGGUAGAGGAGGGAAAGAUAAAGUACAUUGGAUUAUCCGAAGCUAGUGCAGAAACAGUAAGGAGAGCCCAUGCAGUUCAUCCCAUCACUGCAGUCCAAGUGGAGUAUUCUCUAUGGACUCGUGACAUUGAAGAGGAUAUAAUUCCACUUUGCCGAGAGCUAGGUAUUGGGAUCGUGGCAUAUAGCCCUCUUGGUCGUGGCUUCUUUGGUGGGAAGGGAGUUGUUGAGAGUGUGCCCAACGGUAGUCUAUUGGCUCACUUUCCAAGGUAUACCGGAGAGAAUCUAGAGAAGAACAAACAACUCUAUGCCCGUCUAGCCAACAUUGCUGCAAAGCAUAAUUGCACCCCUCCUCAGCUGGCUUUGGCAUGGCUGCUUCAUCAAGAAGACAAUGUUGUUCCAAUCCCAGGGACAACCAAGGUUAAUAACCUUCAUAGUGCAAUUGGAUCAUUAGCACUGAAGUUUACUGUAGAGGAUAUGAAAGAAAUUUCUGAUGCAGUUCCGGUGGAUGAAGUGGCUGGUGACAGAGAUUUGGAAUACCUUAAAAAACACUCUCGGAAGUUUGCAAACACACCAGCAAAAUCAUAAGUUAAAACUACAUAAUGAAGCUAUAUGGAACUCAUAUUUUAUCCACUUCCUCAUGGUUUUGUUUCUGAAAGUCAUACUUUUUAGUUGUGAACUUGUAAUGCUGACAAAUAAAAAUUACAGGGUGAUAGACGCCACACUGUCUAAAUUCAAUAUAUACAUCUUUGUGUGAGUUUUAUUUUA